AUGGACUUUUUUGGUGUCUCAGACGGCUUCGAGUCGAGACGACAGGGCGAGCAGGACGACGGCGGCAAGGGAAAGGCAGAGAAUGAAUGUAGCUCAAGCUGGUUGAUCUGGUCGAAGAAGAGUCAAGAAGGAAAGAAAGAAGCGAAAGAAGUGGUGAAGAGAAAAGAGAGCGAGCAAAAGCAGAAGAAGAAAACGAAAGACAAGCCGUGUAAAGGAGCGGACGGCGUGAAGAAGAACAACAACAACAACAAGAAGAAGAAGAACAACGAGAAGAAGAAGAAGAAGACGAAGAAGAAGAGAAGCGUCGAAGUCGAAGUCGAGGUCGAGAGUCGCAGGAGGCGUUUUUGGGGAGGCAGGAAGGGAGAAAAGGAAGAAGAGAAGGACGAGGAGGACGAUGUAGACGACGAUGUAGACGACGACGAGGACAAGAGAGCAAGACGGCAGAGAGAAGACAACAGCGAAGACAGUGAAGACAGCGAAGACAACAGACGGGGAUGUGGUCGAGAGGGCCACCGCAGGACUCGGCUCGAGGAUGGGGUGGCUGCCUCUGGAACCCCCCCUAGACAGAGGGCACAGCAGAGAGCAGAGAGCAGACCCGGUCACCCCGUCAGGCCAGCAGAGGACGGGCGCCGGGACACCAAACAGACGAGAAACAAGAGGACCAGAGGCAAGAGGCAGCCAGACGAGCGACUCGACCAGAGUUGGCCUGCUCGGGAAAUGCCAGGCAUGGGGAGGGGUCUGUUUCAGACUCUGCUCCUGACCCGUCGCCCUUGUCCUCUUCCUCCAGCGGCGCCAGGAUGUCCCCAGUGA